GUUCCCAGAUAUCAACCUCCACCUUCUGAUUGGAAAAUAUUAACAGACAAUGUUACAAACUUAGGUGAAGGCUUCAAAGACAUGCGUCAAACAAUGGAGCAGAAGGCACCCAAAGAAGACGUCAUGGAUAAUAUUUUCAAACUGCAUGAGCUUUUCCAGAAUCAUACAAUCCUAUUCCUUCAACUGAGUCAGUCUGUUCAGAAACUGGAAAACAAGUUGCAGAGUUUUGAGACACGCAUGGAUGACAUUAAUGCAUCUAUGAAUGAUUUAGAAGAUGAUUUACAACAGUUCAGUUCAACAAACAGACAAGAGAUAUACAAUUUGUCUAUAAAUAUAAACAGUGCACAGAGUAAACUGCGACACCAACAAGUAAACUUGAAACAAAUAACAUCAAAUGUAGGAAAUCUUAGUAGACAGAUAAAGGAGGCACGUUGGACACUAAAUGCAGUCAAUGGCACCUUCACAGAGGAUAUAAGCAUCCACCAUGCAAGUCUACUACAGCUUCAAAUACAAGUAGCUAAUGUGUCAGAAGAUGCAAAAAUCUUGAAAGUCGUUCAGCAAAAUAUGGAGAAACAACUGAAGGAUGAGGUCGCCAUACUCAGCAAUGUCACAGAAGACCUAAAACUGAAAGACUGGGAACAUUCAAUUACCCUGAAAAAUCUUACCUUAGUGCAGGGUAUGAGAAUUUGUAAUUUAACACACUUUGAA